AUGAUCACCAUAAUAAAUGACACGAGCAAGAUAUUUGUGUGGUUUGAUAUUUGUCGGAUUACAGAGUAUCAGGACACAUCUUUCUUUGUCUGUGUUCAGGAGCUAGUGAGUGCAUGCGUACGAGUAUGCAACAAAGACAGACUGGGCAAGCUCCAGCGCCCACGUGAACUGUAUAACCCCCCUGGUCUUUUUGCCAAUCCUCCCAAAUUCGGUACCCUACAAGAUGCCUUCCCUCACGCAAAAUUUGUUUUCCCAGCAGCACCCCUGCGACGUCCCCAGCAGCACGACAGCGAUCUCAUCAGCCAGUGGUUUGAUCUCUGGUGGCUGCCGUCGUCUUCAUCUCCUACAGAUGACAACAGUGACCGGCCAUUCCCCCUUGCGCGGGACUCGUUGCAGAGUAGUGGGCUGCAGGACUCGACGCAAUUCUUACAUGAUUUACUGCAGCGGGAGAUUUCGUUGGUCGAAGGUGGCGCGAAGAAUGUCCUUUUGGGGGGGCUGAGCCAGGGAUGCGCUACCAGUAUUGUGGCAUGUUUACUCUGGGAUGGCAUUGGGGAAGGGGGAGAGAAAAGCGAGGUGUUAGGCGCGCUUGUUGGGUUCUGCGGCAGACUGCCAUUUGAAAGACGGAUUCGGAGGAUUCUAACAGGCGGCAGAGGGGAGGAUGAUCAAACGAUCGAGGGAGAGAGGCUCAAUCAACUUUCUAGCACAGAUGGUGAAAGUGAAAUCAAAUCUAAAAAUGGCAGUGAUGUGGUUGGUAAUGCUAUUGACUUCUUCAGGGGCGAGUUUAAGAUUCCCCGCCCUCCGCAGCUCCCCUCAUCCUCUCAAGGUUUUCUUUUUCAGCAGACGCCACUCUUUCUUGGCCAUGGGGUUGAAGAUAUGACGGUUCCUAUCCGUUUGGGAAGAGAAGCAGUUGCCUGUGUUGAGGCACUUGGAAUGCAUGUUUCGUGGAAUGAUUCAUCUUUCGGGCUUCAGACGGAGCGCAUCAAGGGGCCAAAAACCAACAUUGAUCUGAAACGCGGGCAGAAGGAUAAAAAUCUCGCCCCAUUUCCUUCAGGCAGAAAGAACCCUGAAGAAUAUCUACGGUUUGACUUAGCCAUGACCAUGAUUCGUUGCCCCAACCUGCAAGAACUCUACCCAACGCAACGCCCAAACAUGCACGAUUUCUUCUCAAACGCAAUCCAAAUCAAAGAUUUGAACACAACCUUCGCGUUCCUGCGCGAUCAGGAGGCUGGCAGUUGGGCUUUCGGCCCUGCAGCUCGCUAA